AGCGACAGCGACCUCCAACAGUUCAUUCCUUCGUCGUAGAAAGUGUUGUAAUUUCAGUAAUUUAUCAGCCGCUUGUUGUAAAUUUAGUGUUAGGAUUGUAGUGUUUACAGAAAUUAUUUGCAAUGUCAACCGCAACUGCAGAGCCUUCCCCUGCCAAACAAGAAAAUUCAAACGAAAAUGGAAAUCAACCAGAACAACAAAACGAAGAUGCAAUCGUUGAGCAGCAUCAUCCGCACCACUAUGGCGGCGGCGGUGGCGGUGGCCAUGGCCAGGGCCAGGGCUUUCAAGGCGGUCGCCGAGGUGGUGGAAACCGAUUUAGCGGCGGCGGCGGUUUUCGUCGACAACCUAUGAAUGCAAAUGAAAACGAACGAAAUGAUUUCUUCGGUGGUGGCGGCGGCGGUGGAAGAAAACGCGGUGGACGUGGAGGCGGAAAUCUAAUGCAGGGUGGCGAAAGAGGCCCACGUGAUCGCAAUCCCGACGAUCGCCUGAAUGAUAGAGUGGCCCAAAUGUCUGGUCCCACUUUUGAUCUUGCGCCCUUAGACACAGCUGAAAAGAAGUUCUCUGGACGAGCUCGUUUGUAUAUUGGAAAUAUUGCAACCGAAUCUACCGAAGAAGAAAUACAUGAUCUUUUCAAGAAUUAUGGUGAAACAAACGAACUGUUUGUUAAUAAAGAGAAAAACUUCGGUUUUAUAAAAAUGGACUUCAACGUAAAUGCUGAAAAAGCAAAGCGAGAACUUGACGGUAGUUUGUUCAAAGGAAGAAUGCUUAAAAUUCGAUUUGCUCCAAAUGGUUCCUCUGUCAAAGUUCGGAAUCUGCCACCAUUUGUUUCCAAUGAGCUCUUGUAUUUUGCUUUUAGCGCCUUUGGAGAAAUUGAAAGAUGCAUUGUUAUCGUUGAUGACAGGGGUAAACCAACCGGUGAAGGUCUUGUUGAAUAUGUACGAAAAGGCAGCGCCACUUUAGCCAUAAGAAAAUGCUCCGAUGAUUGCUUCUUUUUGACGGCUUCACUUCGUCCCGUAAUUGUAGAACUAUACGAUGCAGUUGACGAAGCAGACGGCUGCCCCGAAAAAACCAUGCCGAAAAAGAACAUGGAAUACACAAAAGCUCGAGAAAUUGGGCCACGAUUUGCAAAUCCAAACAGCUUCGAACACGAAUACGGCAUGCGAUGGAAGCAAUUGCAUGAACUCUUCGCACAAAAAGAGCUGGCCCUGAAAAAGGAAUUGGACAUGGAAAAAGAGAAAUUGGAGGCUCAAAUGGAAUAUGCAAGGUACGAACACGAAACUGAAAUGCUGCGAGAGGAACUUCGAGCGCGCGAGAUGGGUCGAGAUCGCCAAAAGCGCGAAUGGGAAAUGAAAGAACGUCAAGCAGAAGAGACGAGACAAAGGACUGAAGAACAAAUGCGUCGGCAACAGGAAGAGAUGCAGACUCGUAUGUUACUCCAGGAGGAAGAAUUGCGUCGUCGGCAGCAGGAAAACAACCUUUUUAUGCAAGCACAUCAGUUAGAUGACAUGCUUGAUCAACAAGAACAAGCUUAUGAGCAACCAGAACGUGGAAUAUUUAACGCAAACAGUAAGUCUUAUAUUAUUUUAGUCUUCUGUCUGGUGUUUUUUCCUUCGUCAUAGAUGCCUUGGAUUCUA